AAAUGUGAAUAUACGGCCUCGUGGUUCUCGGCUGACGAUAUAACGUCAUUGUUUCGCAAACUCAUGUACCAUUUUUCGCAACAUUCGACUUAAUUGAAGGCGAGUGAUUUCCACGCAAGUUUGCAUAUUUAACAAUUAUCAGUAUUCAAAAAUGUCAAACGAUAGCACUUUUCUAUUUACUUCAGAAUCUGUAGGAGAAGGUCACCCUGACAAGUUAUGUGAUCAAGUUUCUGAUGCAAUUCUAGAUGCUCAUUUGGAAGGUGAUCCCAAUGCAAAAGUUGCAUGCGAAACACUCGCCAAAACAGGAAUGGUAUUAGUCGCUGGAGAAAUUACUUCCAAUGCUUUUGUUGAUUAUCAAAAAAUUAUACGUGAUACUGUGAAAAGAAUUGGAUAUGAUGAUUCAUCUAAAGGUUUUGACUACAAAACUAUGAAUGUACUGGUAGCCAUUGAACAACAACAAAAGGAAAUUGCACAGGCUGUUCAUAUUGGAAAAGAAAAGGAAGAAGAGAUCGGUGCUGGUGACCAGGGACUCAUGUUUGGAUAUGCAACCGAUGAAACAGAAGAACUUAUGCCGCUUACCUGUGUUUAUGCUCAUAGAUUAAACCAAGCUCUUGCAGAAAAUAGACGAAAUGGUGCUAUGCCUUAUUUGCGUCCUGAUUCAAAAACUCAAGUAACAAUUGAAUACAAAAUGGAUAAUGGUGCUUGUGUACCAUUAAGAGUUCAUACAAUAGUCGUAUCGACACAACAUUCGGAAAAUGUGACUAAAGAGAAAAUAAGUCAAGACAUUAGAGAAAAAAUUAUUAAUACAGUUAUUGAUCCAAAAAUGUUGGAUGACCGGACUAUCUACCAUCUUCAAGCCUCUGGCAGCUUUAUUAUUGGUGGUCCUAUGGGUGAUUGUGGUUUAACAGGCCGUAAAAUCAUAGUAGAUACAUAUGGAGGUUGGGGCGCCCACGGUGGUGGAGCUUUUUCAGGGAAAGAUUUUUCAAAGGUAGAUCGUUCAGCUGCAUAUGCUGCUCGCUGGGUUGCAAAAUCAAUUGUUGCUGCAGGUUUAGCUCGGCGUUGUUUAUUGCAAGUAUCUUAUGCUAUUGGUAUUUCUAAACCUCUCUCAAUGACUAUUGAGACGUACGGAACUGGUAAAAAAACAAAUUCUGAAUUGUUGGAAAUAAUCAAUAAUAAUUUUGAUCUUCGUCCUGGAGUUAUAGUUAGGGAACUUGAUUUGAAGAAACCUAUUUACGAAAAAACCAGUGUCUAUGGUCAUUUUAAGCCAGGUUUUAAUUGGGAAAUCCCUAAACAAUUAGUAUUUUAAAUGUAUCUUGCAAUCCGAUGACAAAGAAAAAAUCACUUUAUUAGAUACUGUAUUAGUUGCUUAAAUAAUUAUAAAUUUAAUAAUAUUUUUGGGCAAUUUCUAUUUAUAUUAUAUGAAAAUAAAAAUGUUUAUCUCGA